UCCACAUCUUAUUUCUGUGUGGAAGGGAAAUUAUGGAAUCCAUUAACAAAACGAUGGCUAAGGGAAGUUCUUCAAUUGGAACCAAUAUUCUUCCUGAUAAGUUAAGAGCUUCUUUGCAUUUGGAUCAUCCCACUGUUGAAUGGAGGUAUGGGAAGCCCCCCUCUUAUGAAGCUGCUAAUAAGCUCUUUGAAGAGGGAAGAACCAAGGUGUGGCCAAAAGGAUCUCUGGAAGAAAAAGUACAAAAUGCUGCAAAAUCAUGGCAAAUGGAGAUGAACCACAAGACUAGAUUACAGGAUUUCAAGACCAUAAACCUUCAGAAAUUCAUGCUUUAUGUCAAUGGAAGAGAUGAGGGGCUGUCUGGAGAAGAAAUAGUGAAGAUUGGAUCCUUCAAUGCAAUGCUGAAGAGUUCUCUGCCAGAAGAGUUUCAGUAUUUCAAUACAGAGAAAGAGAAAAUUGAAUCAUCCCAUCAAGAAUUUAAGACUUGUUUUCCAAGAGGAUUUGCAUGGGAAGUUAUGGAGGUUUAUUCAGGCCCUCCUUUGAUUGCUUUGAAGUUUAGGCAUUGGGGUUUCUUUGAAGGGCCUUUCAAAGGCCAUUCCCCCACCGGUGAAUUGAUCCAAUUCUUUGGUAUGGUAACUUUCAAGGUAGAUUCGUCGAUGGGUCUCGAAGAAGCUCACUUCUACUACGAUCCAGGAGAGCUAUUUGGAGCACUUUUAAAGGCCAAAAAAACCCCAAAAAAAUGACAAAGAUUCAGCUGCCUCUGCCUGCCCAUUCUCCAAACUCAAAAACUAGGUUUAAAAAAGUAAAAAAAGUUGGCCUGAAAUAUAUGCUAUGUAUUUACCUAUCUGUAAUUUCUAUCUACCCAAUUAUGUCUUUACCUUUCUCUCUGUACAUACAAAUAUAUAUGCUUAAAUAAAAAUUGGGU